CACGAGAUUGUUCUGAUGUAACCUUUUCAAAGAUUACGUCGAAGCAGUCCUGUGAUUGGUGAUCCGCUAAUUCCAUUUCCGUGCAAUCCACUCUAUGGGACUUCAGCCUAAGCUUUAAGGCCAUUGCACGUAAAAAAGUUUUAGUCAUAACCGUAGGAUUUGACCAAUCGCGUUGUUUGAUUCUUACUGCUACGGUUAUGGAUGGCCGAAUCGAGCAACGUAAUAGGUUGAAUCUUACGGUUACGACUAAAACUUUUUACGUGCAAUGGUUUUAAGGCAGCGCGAGUAACCUCACCGAAAAGAAAUACGUCACUGUUUAAAACUUAGGUUGCGUUCCAAAACGUCCUCUUCGAGGAAAAUUUUACUUAAAAAGCUAUAGUGUACGUUACGUGCAUUAUAAAUUUUCAGUGGAAUUUUCCUCGAAGAGGACGUUUUGGAACGCAGCCUUAAAUAAUAAGGCUUAGGGCUUAUAUCACUUAUUGUAUGCCGGGACUUAGGCCUAAAUUCAUAGUCCGAUCUUAUAUUUAAGAUCGUCUUAAGUCCGAGCUUAAGACGCCACGGAGCCAUUUGAUUGGUUGAACAGGAUCUUAAGUCAACCACCGACCAGAUUUAAAACGAUCUUGAAUAUAAGAUCGGACUAUGAAUACCGGUCUAUGAAUAUCGGUCAUAUGGCUCCUGCUCACAGGACGCGGAAAUGCUUGGCGCGCGGCAAGAGCGACGCGGUAGCCAAUAAAUUACAGCUCUUAAGGUGCCUUUUUAUGCUGACGUUAGACGGUAAAUUUCAGCGUCAAAAGACGUCAUGUGAUCAAAAUUGACGAAUUGGUAUCUUUAUUUUUGGUCACGUGACGUUUUUGACGCUGAAAAUGAGCAUCGAGCGUCUCCAUGAAUUUGCACCUUUAAGGCGCAAUUUCACGUGCCGCUAAAACAAGCGAUUGAAGCGACAGAUUUGUCGCUUGUAAUCCAGCGUCAACAAUUUUGUAGUUUGAAUCAGUUCAACUACAAAGCAUUUACUGCUCAAACGCUGAUGCACUGUCACAGAUUAGUUGAUAGUGUCGUGUAUACUGAAGAAAACAUAAUGUGUUGAUGACAUGCGAAAAUAAUUAAUAAAUCUUGCACUUUCUGAUCUUAUAUAUGGUAAGGCUUUAUAAAAGUCAUGCUCGUUACGAUUUUGAAACAGCGGUGCAAAACUUUUUUUUAGAAUAUCUUUUUUGAGUUUGAUUUGUCAACAGCAAACUAAUAGCAAAAAUAAUAUCAUUGUUAUAUUUGAUUUCACUUUCUCGAAUCAUGUACGAUUACAAUUUAGUAGCCAAUUGUUAUAUUUUUGUUUUCUAGAAGCCAUUGCGUAAUAUACAAAUUAAUAUAACUGGUUAUACACAAAUAAUGCAAAUUUUGUUUUUAACUGAUUACACAAACGACGCAAAAUUUGUCUCUCAACUUUCAAUUCUGUCGCGCUACUAUCCUUUUCAUGUCAAAAAUUAUCGCUGUUUAGUUUAGCGACAAAAGUUGUCACGUGAUCAUUUUUGUCGCUCAAACAAUCGGUUUCAGCGGCUCGUGAAAAGGCACCUUUAUUAAAAAGUGGUACGUUGAUUGGCUACCGCGUCGCUUCUUGCCGCGUAGCAAGCAUUUCCACGUCCUUUGUGCAGGAGCCAUUACUCGCUACCAUAGAAACUCGAUACCAAAAAAAGCGCGAAAGCCAUUACCGUUAGAAUUAUUACGUCUUUGAUGAUUAGAAUUAUUACUUUGAUGGUCGUUUAUUUUGCUAUUGUUAAUUUGUCGUUUAAUUUGCUAUUGUUGUUUUGCUACUGUUGUUUUAAUUAGACAAACGAAAUACUAAUAUUAAAAUUAAUUGAUGCAAAAAUCAAAAUGUAUUAUCUAUUAUGUAGCAACAAAUAUUAUAGUGUUUACAACAUAAAACAGCUAAAGACAAAAAAGAUUAAAAAAUCAUGCAUUAUCGCAACCAACAAAAAAAAAUUCAGCUUGCAAAAGAUUGCAGAUAAUCUAAACAUGAAGAUUCCGAAAGUGAAGUUAACAACUUUAUCAGAUUCUCCAACAACUGUCAAUUCCAAUGCUACUUUAAAUGUUGAUGCAUCAUAUGUGACAUUUGAAAUCGAAAAAGGCACUUGCGUUCCAUCAAGCAGUAACUGUGAUACUGAACAGUGCAAUAUAAAGUCUGAUUUUAAUUUGAUAAGUUGUGAUAAUACAAAUGACAGUGAUAAUAUUAAAGAUUCUGCGCAUUUGACUGUAGAUGAUUCUUGUAUCGAUGAGAAUCUUAAUACAUUAGUUGUUAGUAACGAUAUUGAGAAAAGCGAUUCUCCAACAACUGUCAAUUCCAAUGCUACUUUAAAUGUUGAUGCAUCAUAUGUGACAUUUGAAAUCGAAAAAGGCACUUGCGUUCCAUCAAGCAGUAACUGUGAUACUGAACAGUGCAAUAUAAAGUCUGAUUUUAAUUUGAUAAGUUGUGAUAAUACAAAUGACAGUGAUAAUAUUAAAGAUUCUGCGCAUUUGACUGUAGAUGAUCCUUGUAUCGAUGAGAAUCUUAAUACAUUAGUUGUUAGUAACAAUAUUGAGAAAAGCGAUUCUCCAACAACUGUCAAUUCCAAUGCUACUUUAAAUGUUGAUGCAUCAUAUGUGACAUUUGAAAUCGAAAAAGGCACUUGCGUUCCAUCAAGCAGUAACUGUGAUACUGAACAGUGCAAUAUAAAGUCUGAUUUUAAUUUGAUAAGUUGUGAUAAUACAAAUGACAGUGAUAAUAUUAAAGAUUCUGCGCAUUUGACUGUAGAUGAUUCUUGUAUCGAUGAGAAUCUUAAUACAUUAGUUGUUAGUAACGAUAUUGAGAAAAGCGAUUCUCCAACAACUGUCAAUUCCAAUGCUACUUUAAAUGUUGAUGCAUCAUAUGUGACAUUUGAAAUCGAAAAAGGCACUUGCGUUCCAUCAAGCAGUAACUGUGAUACUGAACAGUGCAAUAUAAAGUCUGAUUUUAAUUUGAUAAGUUGUGAUAAUACAAAUGACAGUGAUAAUAUUAAAGAUUCUGCGCAUUUGACUGUAGAUGAUCCUUGUAUCGAUGAGAAUCUUAAUACAUUAGUUGUUAGUAACAAUAUUGAGAAAAGCGAUUCUCCAACAACUGUCAAUUCCAAUGCUACUUUAAAUGUUGAUGCAUCAUAUGUGACAUUUGAAAUCGAAAAAGGCACUUGCGUUCCAUCAAGCAGUAACUGUGAUACUGAACAGUGCAAUAUAAAGUCUGAUUUUAAUUUGAUAAGUUGUGAUAAUACAAAUGACAAUGAUAAUAUUAAAGAUUCUGCGCAUUUGACUGUAGAUGCUCCUUGUAUCGAUGAGAAUCUUAAUACAUUAGUUGUUAGUAACAAUAUUGAGAAAAGCGAUUCUCCAACAACUGUCAAUUCCAAUGCUAUUUUAAAUGUUGAUGCAUCAUAUGUGACAUUUGAAAUCGAAGAAGGCACUUGCGUUCCAUCAAGCAGUAACUGUGAUACUGAACAGUGCAAUAUAAAGUCUGAUUUUAAUUUGAUAAGUUGUGAUAAUACAAAUGACAGUGAUAAUAUUGAAGAUUCUGCGCAUUUGACUGUAGAUGCUCCUUGUAUCGAUGAGAAUUUUAAUACAUUAAUUGUUAGUAACACUAUUGAGAUAAGCAAUUCUUCGCCAGCUAUUAAUUCUAAUGCUACGUUCAGUAUUGAUACAGCAAAUGUGAAUUACGAUAUCGAAAAUGUUUCGACAAUAAGUAAGAUUUCGGAUGUUAAACAGAGCGUUCAAUGUUGUAAUAAAUUUUAUUCUACUUCUAAAAUAUGUGAAAAUGCGAAUGUUAUUGAGAAAUUUAGAAAAACUAAAAAACCUAAAAAAACUCCGAAGAUUCUAGAAAUACAAAAUGUUAAGAUAUUACUAAAGAAGAUUCCAGUGCACACAGAGAAAGUUGAUAAUAUUACAAAUAGUAUACAGAUGAAUAAUACGUAUAAUAUCGAUAAUAGUGAUGUUUCUUCAAAUGCAAACGGGACUUACGUUAUCGAUAAUAUUUCAAGUGAAACAUCUUGUCCAGUUGCAGAAUCUACACUCAUAGAGAAUCAGUUAGACUUAGAGUGUGAAAUCCAUAAUAAUAAUUCUGAGUCUGAUGAUACAUCCAUUACAUCUAAAAAUAAUUUAGAUAGUAGUUUUCAUUUGUCAGAUUGUUCUAAGCUUGAAGACACAGAUGAAGAUGAAGAUGAAAAUGAAACUAAAAAUACACAUGAACGUACGAUUAAUACAAGUAAAAAUAAAUCUGUGAACAGGACAUUAAAUUUGACAUCAACAUUUUCAUCUGAAAUAUGUGAUGAUAGAAAUAUGUAUGUGGAAACUUCCAAUAAUCCUAAAUUAAAACAAAAUAUGUGCGUAUAUUGUGAAAAAUUUCAAGCGCAAAUUGCAAGACAUUUAGAAACAGUACAUAAAGAAGAAGAAGAUGUGAAAAAGUUUCGUCUUUUACCUAAGGAUAAUCCGGAACGAAAGAAGAUUAUUGGUCUACUUAGACGAAAAGGAAAUUUCAUAUAUAAUACUAAUUCUAACUUAAAUAAAGGAGAUUUAAUUGUAUGCCGGCGUCCAAGAAAUGAAUUGAAUAGACAAGCAGCCGAUUUUAUUCCUUGUGCUAAAUGCAAAGGGUUUUUUUCUAAAAAUAAUAUAAGACAUCAUUUUGCAUCAUGUGCGCCAAAAAGGGAAUAUCCUCAAAGAAAUGUUAAAAUAUUGGGACGUACUGUGGCUUGUCGAAUUCAUUACAGUGCAAAUACACCAUUAAGAAGAUUGGUGUUCCCAGUAAUGAGGGAAGACAGCGUAACUCAAAUUAUUAGAUAUGAUGAACUGCUAAUUGCUUUUGGCAAUAAAAUGUGUCAGAAAUAUCGUCUCCAACAUCAGCACGAUAUGAUUAGAGCGCGACUGAGAUUACUUGGACGAUUUCUUAUUGUUUUGAGAGAUCUCGAUAAUAGUAUAGUAGAUUUCUCUUCAAUAUAUAAUCCAACAAAUUAUGAACAAUGCAUUAAAGCUGUAAAUAAACUUGCACAAUUCGAUGAAAAGACUUGGACAUAUAAAAUACCAUCUAUUGCAACAUCUUUAGGAACACUUAUAAAACAAAUUGGGAAACUUUUAAGAAGUAUAUGCAUUAAAAAACAAGAUUGUAGCAAACAAACUGUGGUAGAAAAUUUUUUGAAAUUAUUUGAAGAGGAUUAUCCUGUUGCUGUAAAUAAAAUUGUGUUUGAAACUCAAGGGCAUCGAAAAAGGCAAAAGAAUAUUGUCUUGCCAUCUAUAGAUGAUAUAAAAAUAUUCAAUGCUUAUCUCAAAGCUGAACGCAUAAAAGCUCUAGAAUCUUUACAAACAAAUGGUUUCUCAAUUCACGCAUGGCGUAUGUUAGCUGAAAUAACAUUAAUAUCGAUUAUGAUAUUUAAUAGAAGACGUGCUGGUGAACUGGAGCGUGUUUUAAUUGAAAAUUUGGAAAAUUGUGCGGCAAUUUCAAAAGAAGAAGCACCUGAAUUAUAUAAAUCUUUAUCUAAAUAUGUACGGAUGACAAUACGCGGCAAAUUAGGGAGAACGGUUCCUGUGUUACUUCAUGAAGAAAUAUUAAAAUGUAUGCAAAUGAUUAUUAAUUAUCGUAAAGAUGCUGGCGUACCCGAAAAUAAUCCUUAUAUUUUUGGUAUAUAUUCACUUGACAAAAGAAGAUUCAAAUAUUUGAGAGCAUGUGUAUUAAUGCGAAAAUAUUCUGUAAUUUCUGGGGCAAAAAUGCCAACUUCGUUACGAGGUACAAUAUUGCGGAAACAUAUUGCUACAGUAUGCAUGUCAUUAGAGAUAUCUGAACAUGAAGUGAAUGAUCUAGCUGAUUUCAUGGGCCAUCACGAAAAAAUACAUAAAUCGCACUACAGACAGUCAAUCGUAACAAAAGAUUUGGCUAUAUCACGUUUACUCAAAUACGCACAAGGAGGAGACACAACAGAUGAAAGUGAUAAUGUUGAUGAUGAAAAUGAAAACAGGGAUGAUUCGAUUAAUAAUGAUAACUCAAAUUUAAGUUUAAAUACUUCUGAUACUUUAUCAUUAAUACAAACGAGAUCAUCUAAACUGCCACGUUUACUCAAAUACGCACAAGGAGGAGACACAACAGAUGAAAGUGAUAAUGUUGAUGAUGAAAAUGAAAACGGGGAUGAUUCGAUUAAUAAUGAUAACUCAGAUUUAAGUUUAAAUACGUCUGAUACUUUAUCAUUAAUACAAACGAAAUCAUCUAAAUUGCCUAGCAAAGAAAAAAUUAUCAAUAAUCAUCUACAUAAUAAUAUCGAGAAAACAAAAGGAAACCGUUUGGCUUCUAAGAGGAAAGUUAAUUAUAAUAUUAAAAAUGUGACCGAAUCAGAUGAUGAAUGUAAUACAGAAUCAGAUUUAAAUAUUUUAUCAAAAAGAGCAAAGCAAUCUGAACAGGUGACUAGAGGAAAGAAUAACGUAAAUAAUAAUACACAGAGGCAGAAAAAAGAAUGA